AUGGCUUCUGUCGAUCUGCAAGAAAAGGCAAAUUUUACAAGACUCAGUAGACUUUUGGUUGACAAAGGAACUGAAGCUUUGAGAAAUACAUUUGAUGCCAUACAUCCUCCUGCCAACCUACCGGUAGUUCUCAAUGCCAACAGAACUUCCCUUCUAAGGUUAAAACCUCGAGUUAUUUAUAAUUCCCAGUGGGAUUUACUGUUCCCUCCAUCCGGUAACCCGCCAAACUCGAAAAACUUUGAUGUUACGUUACUUACAGUUCUGUUUCGGAACAUUUGUGGUUUACCAUCAACAGGAUGGGGUGCAAUGCCUCCGGACACGGACAGAUCAAUGCAAGCAAAUAUCGUAAGACUCAAGUUCCUUAGAAAUGAAAUUUAUGCGCACGUGACGGCAACUCAAGUGGAUAAUGCAAAAUUUGAAUCUUUAUGGCAAAAAAUUUCCCAGGCUUUGGUCGAAUUGAAAAUUCCACAGAAUGAUGUCGAUGAUUUAAGAACUUCUCCUUUAGGGCCUGAAGAAGAAGAAUAUGUGAAAAUACUUAAUAAAUGGAAAUCACAAGAAGAGGAAUGUAUGAAAAUGCUAGAAGCCAUUGAAUGUUCCAUAAAUCGUUUGACACAGAUUACUGAAGAAAACUGCGAUGGAAUAAAACGACUCCAUCAGUCGGCUUUGGAGAAAGACCUUCAAUGUUCCAUCACACAUCCGUCACAAGCUUCCAAGGAUACCAAUCGUGAAAGAAAUUGCAGCAAAAAGAGUGACGAAGAUCUCUUGCGAAAACUCGCAAAGCUUAAUUUCAAGAGUAAAAUUAAACGUAAAGUCGAGUUGUUCCAUCCUGGCACGCGAGAGUGGUUAUUAAAGCGAGUUGAUGAAUUUAUCGAAAAUGAGCAAAAAUCAAGAAUGUUGUUGCUAACAGCUGGUCCUGGGUUUGGUAAAAGUGUGUUUGCUGCUCACGUCUGUGACGAAUUUAAGAAGAAACAAAAGUUGGCAGCUUGUCACUUUUGCGACUUCAGUAAUCCAAUCCUAAGAGAUCCGAUGACGAUGCUGCAGUCCCUUGCAAGUCAGAUGUGUGAAAAUGUCACGGGUUUUAAAGAGAAGCUUCUUGAUCAAUUAAAGCGACCCCAUCCCGAAGUCCGAAGCCUGAAUUCUGCCUUUACAAUAUUCCUACAAAACCCCCUUGAUGAAUUGGAGUUAGAAGAACCCAGUUUAAUCGUGAUCGAUGGCUUGGAUGAAAGUGAAGCAGAUGAUAAGAAUGAAAUUGUGAAUUUGAUUGCUGAUUAUUUCCCUGAUCUUCCUCAGUGCAUCAAUGUCUUAGUGACGAGCAGGCCUGCAAACUUUGUGAUUUCCGUAGCAAACGUAAGCGGUGUUAAAAAAAUUCAUAUUGCAAUUGGUGAUGCCGAUAAUAAAUCAGAUCUUCGACUUUACCUCAAAGCUAGCCUUCCACGUCUAGCUGAUAGGAACACAAACGAUCCCCGAUUUAAUAGAUUCCCAGAAGAAAAUUCAUUAGAUGAUUCAGAAGAAGUUUCAGAAGUUGAUUCAGAAGAAGAUUCAGAAGAAGACUCAGAAGAAGAUUCAGAAGAAGACUCAGAAGAAGAUUCAGAAGAUGAUUUUCCAAAUUUAGAAGAUAGUAUGUUUUAUGCGCUUGCUAAGAAAUGCGAGGGUUCAUUUCUGUUUGCGUUUUACAUUCAAUUCGAGCUGAAAAAACGCGAUGACCUUGAUAAGAUGACGCUUGAUGAGAUUAUAAACUUUCUCCCAAAAACCCUAGAUUCCGUUUACAUGAAAUAUUUUAAACGUCUCGAAGACAAGCUUAAAGCGAUAAUUCCUGACAAUCUUGAUGUAUUGAAAAUUCUGGAAAUGCUAGCGGCUGCUGAAGGACCUCUUCCCCUCACGUUUGUCACCCGGGCUCUUGGUUUGGCUCCAGAUUGUCGUGAAACAAGGAAAAUUAUCAACAACGUCAAGGAGACGAUAUCGUGCUUGCUCUACGUUUCUGAUGAUAUGGUGACCGUUUUUCACAAAUCCGUUGUUGACUGGCUUCUUGCAGAAGGCUACGAAGAUCAUGAGUAUACUGUCAAGCUCAGUGUUGGAGAUACAUCUCUUUGGCUAAUCUGCGAAAAAAUUUUUAACGACAUUAAGAAGACAGUUUACUCGGGACAUGAUUUAAACUUAACUAAUGACGUGAAGUACGCUCUGGAUUAUGGUCUUCGACAUCUAGUAGAGUGCAAGAUGAGAGAAAGCUUCUUUUGGUUGAUAGAUGUUGUAAUCAUACACGCUAUUUUAACUGAACACUUCAAAAGUUGGGAUAAAUAUUUAUUGUUAAUAUGGGUAGAAAUUCUUAAAGGUGCUGUGGACGUAGAUGAUAAACUACGAGCACAAAUUUCGUGGCAUGUCGUUGAAAUCGAUUUUCUGGAGAGAUCCGUUGCACGAUCGGUUCGAAAUAGAUUACCAUUGUAUUAUUUACGGAGUGUUGUUACUCGUUCUCCAGAAGGAUAUUUCAAUGAUAAUGAGAAGAAAAGUGCAGAGUCGCUUUUGUCAAAGGUCCCACGGUUUGUUGAGUUUAAUUUUGAUGAAGUGGAAGUUAUGCCCCGUUCAGUCUGGUAUUGCCGAACGGCAAUGAUAGCAGAUUAUUUUAUGAGUUCAUUUGAAAUGAUAAUAGCUAUUGGUUUGUCUCACCGUAAGACAAUGGCAGCCGUUGCACGAGGAAAUGGAACAAUUAGUGUGAUAUCCGUACCAGGUUUGGUUGAGCUGUGGUCGUAUUCAACUGAAUACCAAAGUAUUUCAUGCUGUACAUUUGCUCCAGACAGUUCGUUCGUUUUGUUUGGAAAGCUGGAAACAGUUCUGGACAUUGCUAAAAGAGAGGAAGUGCCAUUUUUUCACGGAAAUAAAGAGAAAUUCACGUCGUGUGCAUUUUCCCCGAACGGCAAGAGGCUGGUAAGUAGCGAUGGUACACAAACUAUUAAGUUAUGGGACGUUGCUAAGCGAAGCUUGCUGUCGUCACUUUGUGCUGAUGUUACUGUUAAUUCGUGCUCCUUUAGCGGCACAGGUUUGUUUAUCAUUGGAGACUGGAUAGAUCAAUUUCAGAGUGUUCACGAACAAGAUGCACUUUGCGUUUGGAACGCCAUUACAUGGCAAAGGAGCGAUGAGCGAAACUUGCUCGAUGUAGUAGUAAACAAAAGAACGGUAUGCCAUAGUAAGGUAUGUCACCGUUGUUUCCGGCCAGGAUUUAUUGAACUAGGCACUUACGCAAAAUUAGCAAUCGGACCAUUCACACUGUCGGGAGACUGGAAACUAUUAUUGGAAGCAGGUGUCUACAAUGGUGUAGAGUGCAUUUUUGCAUUGGGCGGGCAACUUUUAAUUGUCAUGGAAGACACCCAUUUCAACAUGCUUGAUGCCUGGCCUGUUUAUUGCCCAGAAACUAACUUGUUCUGGAUGAAAAUAACGUCGAUUGAAGAUGAUCUAUGGUUCUCUGCGGAUGAGGAAAAACUAACUAUCUUUAGGGCAUUAGCUCCAACACAAGAACAUCGUUCUCCCCUGCCACGUCCUACUCAGGUUUUUUUGUGUUCGUUUUCUCCUGAUGGCUCCCGACUUGCAACCUGUACUGAGGAUGGAUGUAUCAGCAUUUGGAAUGUCGAUACGACCCAAGUUGAACAACGUUUGAAAAGUGAUCAAGGCGAAUCGUCAUUUGCUUGUUGGUGGUCGAAAGACUUCUUGUUCGUGUUUGAUUUUUUUGACAGGAUUCCCAGCUUGUCAAAAUACCCGAUGGAAAUCAAUUUAAAGGUUCUAUUCACUCAAAGCCAGCAAGUGUCGCUGUGUCAUUUGGUGGACCAGUUCGUAUGGUUAUCAGGAAUUGUUGAUUUUUCGAAGGGCAUACUCAUCUUCGAGUGUGGAGAGAAGCCUGUUAAAGUUCUCGAUGUCAACGGAGUUGGGGGACCGCGAAUGGUCAACUUACCUGGGAUUAAGCCUGGAAUGAGUGUUACAGUCUCGGGUGGUGCUUCAUUUGUCUUUGGUGCUGAUGAAUAUACGUAUUAUAUUUGGAAAAGAAAUGCCCAGGAAGAGCUGGAUGACCAUGAAGUCUUUUUUCACGAGUCAUAUGCAGAGCCUGAACGCGAUUUUGUAUGUUGCUUCAGUAACGAUUCAAAAGUCGCUGUUGUUUUUGAAAGUUUGUUGGGCCACACCAAAAUAUUUGACCUGGAGACCGGUGGUCAUAAAAAUGUAAGGUUUGAUAUCCCUGGUGGUUCCAGGCUAUUUUGUCUCAACAAAGACAGAGUUGUUAUUGCUGCUUUCCGUGGCUUUUUAGUAUUUUUUGACAUGGACUCUGGUGCUUGUCUCGACUGUUCCUUUCAACGACAUUUAAUACGAGUUUCGCAAGGAGAACUAAAACUUUCCCCAAACGAAACCAUGAUAGCUUUUCCUAAGAUAAAUGGCGAUAUGGAGUUUCUCCGACUAUGCAUCCCACAAAGCUCUGUGUUGUCCAGUAUUAAACGUCAGGCGUCUACUAAAUGGCAUAGGGACAUAACUGGGUAA